AUGAUUCGGGCUUUUUCGACAAAAAGCACGGCGUGGAACGCCGCCAAGGAGGCUGUUGCAGAGACCUCCGGCAAGAAGGCCGGACGUCUGACUGCCGAGACCCGGGCCAACAUUUCCGGAGGCAUGAUUCUGUCUCGAAUCCCCAUCGUCACCUCCGAGCCCACUCCCUUUGCCAAGCAGUACUACGAGUACAUGGAUGGUCUCAAGCGCCGAAUGAUGUGGACCUUCCCCUCGUUUCUUUACUUCAAGCGAGGUACUCUUGCUGAGCGAAAGUACAGAGAGCUGAACAAGAUCCCCACCCAGGCCCGAGACGGAGUAGUGUACCCCGAGGGUAUUCCCGAUGUGGUGAAUCACCGAGAGCGAACAAUGCCCCAGAAGAUCGCCGUGCCCACCAAGGACAAUGAGGGCUCUCGAGGCGCCAAGAAGGGCACCGAGGAGGGCGAGGAGGAUGUGAUCAAGCCCAACUCCCGAAUCACUGAGGCCGACAAGCAGAACGACGUCAAGUCACUGGAGCGAAAGCUGGACCGAACCCUGUACCUACUGGCCCAGACCAAGAACGGCUGGCGAUUCCCCUCGGUCGUUAUCAACGAGAAGGAGACCAUCGAUGAGGCCGCCAAGCGAGGCAUCCACGAGCUCGGAGGCCCCGACAUGAACAUCUGGAACGUGUCGCACACCCCCGCGGGCUUCUUCAAGAACGGCGACAAGCGAGAGUUCUACGUCAAGUCACACAUUGUCCAGGGCGAGUUCAAGCCCAGCCGGGACGUGCAGGACUUUGCGUGGCUCACCAAGGAGGAGAUCCAGGCUAAGGUCGACGACCAGUACUACCAGCAGCUGCAUCCUCUUCUCAACUCGGUUUAA